AAAUGCAAGAUGGCUCCGCAUAUAAAAACAGUCUUUGGGGUUGCCCCGAACGCGCAACAAAAUAACUCUUUACAUCUUGUUAGGUUAAAAUAUUUAUCCACCAGGAGUUCUGAAGGGUAACUUGAGCUAUAGAUUGAUGUGCGUAUGGUUCUUGGCGAUAUUUUUUGAGAGAAGAUACCGAAGUCACAAGAGGGACAACUUUGAUGCCAUGAAUUGGUGAACUCACUCUCUUCGGCAGACAAGAGUUGGGGCGGCCAGAAACCGAGCCUGGGCCUCAGCUAGCUAGCAUUAGCUGCUAAGAAGCUAAUGACUUCAUCUGCUGUUGUCUGCCGCAUUACAAACAGUAAAGAGCAAAAAGGGAAGAGUCUCAAAUUACCGGCUGCCUGUUGGAUGUGGGGCGUGAAAGGCCACACAACCAUCCACCAUGGCAGUAUCGAGACUUGACCGUUUGUUUAUUCUACUUGACACUGGAACAACACCGGUAACCAGGAGAGCAGCAGCCCAGCAGCUUGGAGAAGUCGUCAAACUGCACCCACAUGAGCUCAAUAAUCUUCUAUCAAAGGUGUUGACCUACCUAAGGAGUCCCAACUGGGACACUCGUAUAGCAGCAGGCCAAGCUGUUGAAGCCAUUGUGAAGAAUAUUCCCGAAUGGGAUCCAUCCCCCAAGCCUAAAGAAGAGUCCUGUGAGGACUUAUCUCCAGAGGACUCCCCCUGUGACCGGUUAAGCUUCUACCAUUUUGACAUCUCUCGCCUCCUGAAACAUGGUGCAUCCCUGCUGGGAUCGGCUGGCGCUGAGUUUGAGCUGCAGGAGGACAAAAGUGCUGAGAUGGAUCCUAAGGAACGUCUUGCUCACCAAAGGAAGCUUCUCCAGAAAAAACUUGGUCUGGAUAUGGGUGCUGCCAUUGGCAUGGACACAGAAGAGCUGUUCAAUGAUGAAGACCUUGACUAUACCUGCCAAACUAGCGGACUUAAACCUCAUGGAAGCAAAGUUGCAGCUGGGUCCACCUUCCGCAACCAUGUGCCCAUGCAGGCUGCUGAAUUGAUCGACUCAGAGUUCCGACCAGGUAUGAGCAAUCGUCAGAAGAAUAAGGCUAAAAGAAUAGCCAAGCUAGUAGCAAAGCAACGAUCAAGAGAUGUUGAUCCAAAUGAAAAGAGUAAUGACAGUUUUGAAGGUGAGCCUGAGGAGAAGCGAAGGAAAACCACCAAUGUUGUUAUUGACCAAUCAGCAACUGAGAAUAAAGUUUUAAUUGAUAAUGUUCCAGACAGUUCCGGCCUAUUUGAUGAAACACACGAAUGGCCACUGGAGAGUUUCUGUGAGGAGCUUUGCAAUGACUUAUUCAAUCCUUCGUGGGAGGUUCGUCAUGGUGCAGGCACAGGUCUCAGAGAAAUACUUAAGUCGCACGGUGCAGGUGGUGGGAAAAUGGCGGGAUGUACGGUGGAACAGAUGUUGCGGCAGCAUCAAGAGUGGAUCGAGGACCUGGUUAUCCGAUUACUCUGUGUCUUUGCUCUAGACCGCUUUGGGGACUUUGUGUCUGAUGAGGUGGUGGCUCCUGUCAGAGAGACGUGUGCUCAGACACUUGGUGUUUCGCUUCGCCACAUGAAUGAAACUGGUGUCUCCCUAACGGUGGAUGUGUUGCUGAAGCUCCUUAAAGAGGACCAGUGGGAGGUCCGUCAUGGAGGCCUGCUGGGGAUUAAAUAUGCUCUGGCUGUCCGACAGGACUUGAUUUCUGUUCUGCUGCCUCGGGUGCUCCCUGCCAUCACUGUUGGACUACAGGACUUAGAUGAUGAUGUCAGAGCUGUGGCAGCUGCAGCCCUCAUCCCUGUUGUAGAGGGCUUGGUACAACUUCUACCCAGUAAGGUGCCGUUCAUAGUGAAUACACUAUGGGAUGCUCUUUUGGACCUAGAUGACCUCACAGCUUCCACUAACAGCAUCAUGACAUUGCUGUCUUCAUUGUUAACCUAUCCACAGGUUCGACAGUGCAGCAUGCAGCAGUCAUUAACAGUCCUGGUUCCUCGUGUUUGGCCAUUCCUCAGACACACUAUAUCUUCAGUAAGACGUGCAGCACUGGAAACUCUCUUCACGCUGCUGUCUAAAGCUGACCAGAGUUGUGCAGUGUGGAUCAACCCUAUCUUACAAGAUAUGCUGCGGCACAUGUUCCAGUCUUGUAUUCUAGAGAGCAACGAGGAAAUCCUUGAAUUAAUUCAAAAGGUGUGGAUGGAACUGCUGACCCAGGCCCCUCAGCAGUACAUAGUAGCAGCCAGUUGUCCAUGGAUGGGGGCAUGGCUCUGUCUCAUGAUGCAGGCCUCGCAUAUUCCUAUAGACCUAAAUAUGCUCCUGGAAGUGAAGGCCCGUUCCAAGGAUAAAGCAGCUACCAAGACACGUCAAGGGACCAAUCAGGUAAAGGAAAUUGUCCAGGAGUAUAUAGCCGGAGCGGAAACGGUAACGGAUGACCCAGUCACCAGAGACUAUGUGGUGCUUCGUGCUCGCCUUAUGGCUUCCAAAUUGCUGGGGGCUUUGUGUCGGUGUAUCUGUGAUCCACAACUUAAUGCUGCAUCUCAGGAGAUCCGACCUGCUGAGUCUUUAGGCCAACUGCUACUCUUCCACCUCAACUCAAAGUCUGCCCUGCAGCGCAUAGCUGUGGCUAUGGUGCUUUGCGAGUGGGCUGCAUUGCAGGAGGAUUGUCAAGUAGUGUCAUCCUUGGUGCAGCCUCGUCUCCUGGCCAUUCUGUCAGAGCAGCUGUACUAUGAUGAGAUUGCCAUUCCCUUUACGCGUAUGCAGAACGAGUGCAAGCAGCUCAUUGCAUUGCUCGCUGAUGCCCAAAUAGAUGUGCAAGAACGCCUCAGUAGCAGUGUUUUUACCAUUGACCAAGCCAAUGAAUUGGUAACUACCAUCUUCACAGAGUCAACAGCAGGUCUAAAUGCAAAAUCUAAACAGUUUCAAGCACUGGACAGCAAACGACAGCAGGCUCAGGCAACAGUGACCGAGACCAGCUCAGAAUGGCAGCAGCUUCAUCUGCGUGUCCACAUGUUUGCAGCCUGUGCAGUAAUUAACCUGCAAACACUUCCUGACAAGCUUAACCCACUGGUCAGGCCUCUGAUGGAGGCCAUCAAGCGAGAAGAGAAUGCACUGGUUCAGGGCUAUGCUGCUGCUUUUAUAGCCAAGCUCUUGCAGCAGUGUGCUGGACGCUCACCGUGCCCCAAUCCCAAAAUCAUUAAAAACCUCUGCAACUCUGCCUGUGUGGACUCCACGGCUACACCCUCCUCUGCAUCCCCAGUACCCCCAGCACAGGACAAUUCCAAAGGUGGUGGUUUAGAGAAAGAUGGCAUGCAUCACAUGGUUUGCAAAACACGCGGCAUCAUCACCCUGUACCGUCACCAAAGGGCAGCAUUUGCUAUCACUAGCAAGAGAGGUCCUGCCCCUAAAGCCCCAAAGACCCCUGUGACAGAGCUUCCACCUGGAAGCACCAUCAAUACUGAACAUGAUGAGAGCAAGAAGCCAUUUCUUAUUCAGAGGAGAGGGGCAGAAUUCUCCCUAACAACUAUUGCACGGCACUUUGGAGCAGAUCUCAUUAAGUCUUUGCCGUACCUCUGGGAGAACAUGGUGGGACCACUGAGGACUGCAGUUACUGAAAAUCAAAGCAUUGAUAGGCAGGUCCAGCUGGAAAGGGGAGACACUGCAGCUCAGGAACUGGUGAAUUCUCUGCAAGUUCUGGAGAUCACAGCUGGGGCCAUGGCCACAGAACUCAAGCCUUUGUUACUACAGCACCUUCCCCAUCUGUUCACCUGCCUGCAGCACCCAUACACAGCCGUGCGUCACAUGGCAGCACGCUGUGUGGGCAUCCUCAGUAAAAUUGUCAUGUUGGAGACCAUGAACAGUUUCCUGGAAUGUGUACUACCCUGGUUAGCCGCUAUUGAUGACUCCACCAAGCAGGAGGGUGCCAUCGAGUCUUUGGCCUGUGUCAUGGAGCAGCUGGAUGUGGACAUUGUGCCCUACAUUGUGCUGCUGGUUGUACCAGUGCUUGGCCGUAUGAGCGACCCCAGUGAUAGCAUUCGUUUCAUGGCCACACAGUGCUUUGCUACGCUCAUCCGCCUGCUGCCACUAGAGGCAGGCAUACCAGACCCUCCAGCCAUGUCUGCUGACCUCAUCCGCCAGAAAGCCAGAGAACGUCACUUUCUUGAGCAACUGUUAGAUGGCAGAAAGUUGGAGAACUACAAGAUCCCUGUGCCCAUUAAGGCCGAGCUCAGGAAGUACCAGCAGGAUGGAGUGAACUGGCUGUCAUUCCUGAAUAAAUACAAGCUUCACGGGAUCCUUUGUGACGACAUGGGUCUCGGCAAGACACUGCAGUCCAUCUGCAUUCUGGCAGGAGAUCACUACCUCAGGGCACAAGAAUAUGCCAAGACGAAGGCUGCAGACUGCAGCCCCCUCCCUUCGCUGGUGGUGUGUCCUCCCACACUGACUGGCCACUGGGUGGAUGAAGUAAGCAAAUUCUGCUCCAAAGAAUACCUCAACCCUCUGCACUACACUGGACCUCCUACAGAACGAAUGCGGUUGCAGCACCAGGUGAAAAAACACAACCUUAUUGUAGCCUCGUAUGACGUUGUAAGAAACGACAUUGACUUUUUUAGAAAUAUAAAAUUUAAUUACUGCAUCCUUGAUGAGGGUCAUGUCAUCAAGAAUGGGAAAACAAAACUUUCCAAAGCCAUCAAGCAACUGGCUGCCAACUUCCGGGUCAUCCUGUCAGGAACCCCUAUUCAGAACAACGUUCUGGAGCUGUGGUCGUUGUUUGAUUUCCUCAUGCCGGGCUUCCUUGGAACAGAACGCCAGUUUGCUGCUCGCUAUGGCAAACCAAUACUGGCCAGUCGAGAUGCAAAAAGCUCCUCACGGGAGCAGGAGGCAGGCGUCCUAGCAAUGGAGGCUCUACAUCGACAGGUGUUACCUUUCCUUCUGCGUAGAAUGAAGGAAGACGUGCUCCAGGACCUUCCCCCUAAAAUAAUUCAGGACUAUUACUGCAACCUUAGUCCUCUACAGGUUCAGUUAUAUGAAGACUUUGCAAAGUCUCGAGCCAAGGCCACCGUGGAUGACAGCAUCUCUACAGCCUCUGCAGAAGAAGAGGAAAAGCCUAAACUGAAGGCUACAGGCCAUGUUUUCCAGGCCCUGCAGUACUUGAGGAAGCUAUGCAACCAUCCAAGUUUGGUUCUGACCCCUCAGCAUCCAGAGUACAAGCGUAUCACUGAGCAGCUGGCAGGUCAGAACUCCAGUCUGCGUGAUAUCCAGCAUGCACCAAAACUCUCUGCCCUCAAACAGUUGUUGUUGGACUGUGGUCUGGGUGGUGGCGGAGGAUCAGAGGGUGGAACUGAGGCAGUGGUGGCCCAGCAUCGCGUGCUCAUUUUCUGUCAGUUAAAGAGCAUGCUGGAUAUCGUGGAGCACGACCUGCUGAAACCCAAACUGCCCACUGUCACCUACCUGAGGCUGGACGGUGGUGUGCAGGCUGGCCUGCGCCACUCCAUCGUUUCCAGGUUUAACAACGAUCCUUCUAUUGAUGUGCUGCUUCUGACCACACAUGUUGGUGGUCUGGGACUGAACCUGACUGGUGCGGACACUGUUGUAUUUGUAGAACAUGAUUGGAACCCAAUGAGGGACCUACAGGCCAUGGAUCGUGCCCAUAGAAUAGGACAGAAACGGGUUGUGAACGUGUACAGGCUGAUUACACGAGGCACACUGGAGGAGAAGAUCAUGGGGCUUCAGAAGUUCAAGAUGAGCAUCGCCAACACUGUCAUCAGCCAAGAGAACACCAGCCUGCAAAGCAUGGGCACAGACCAGCUCCUCAACCUGUUCACUCUAGAUAAGGAUGAGAGGUGUGCGAAGGGCGAGCAGUCACAGACAACCUCAGGGAAGGCCUCGAUGAAGUCGGUGCUGGACGGCCUGGGGGAGCUGUGGGACCAGCAGCAGUACGACACGGAGUACAACCUGGACAGCUUCAUGCACUCCCUGCAGUAGCAGUGUUAACCUCACACAGCCUCUGUGUUCUGGCCAAGCAGGACCUGGUUAGAACCCAGGGGACAGACCCCCCCUCGCAACUUACACACGAGGACAGGAAAGUGUUGCUGAAUAUUUAGAGGAAUAACAGAAACACAGCCAGAAAAAGAAGCCAGUGUUUGACUUGGAUUAAGAGAAAUUCCCCAACUGAUGUUUUCUUCUGCCUCUGACCAUUGUUGGUCAUUAUUUCAUUUGCUUUUUAUCAAGCCCUAACAGAAUACAAUGGUGAUGGUGCAACAUCCCCAGUGUUACUUUGUAUUAUGGAACCACAGUGUCCGUUCUGUGCUCAGCGAUGCUGCUCCAUGCUGUCAAGCAUUCGGUUUAUCAUAUUAACAGUGACCUUUUUGUACUAGCACCAGGUACUUUUACUGCCCACUGUCUUUGCUGCUGCAUUGCCUGAGUGUGCAUAGUGUUAACUGCUUCAUAUAUGAUAUUAAGUCAGUCGCACCUCUCCUCAUAUCAGCCCCACCCUGACCCCUGCCUCUGCUCUAUACAGUCUUAAGCACUGUGGUGCACCGCCACAGAUGUCAGCGCCCCUCUCCCUGAUGGAUACAAACAUGUUUCCAUACGACGAAGGAAAGUGGUGUGAAAGUGACGAGCUCACUGUGAAACCACAGGAUGUCAUCGCAGCGUUGUGAAAGUUUAAGACGGUUAAUGCUGUAGGAAUGAAGCUCUUCUACAGGAGGACUCCAACCCUUUGCAUGGUGAUAAAGGGAACUCACCCCAGGACAGUGUGCAUUGGUGUCAGCAGGCUUUGGGGGAGGAAGUCAUUUUUUGUGUCCAGCUCCUGCAAAUGUGAUGUAAAAUGACUGGUGGGAGCACUGUACAUGAGGCAACGUUACAGAGACUGAACAUGGCGCCAAACUCAAACUGGUACCUGAAAGUUGUCACAAAUAUUUUAAAAGAGAAAGACUUGUACAUAUUUCUGUAAUGGCUGGCUUUUGUUAAUGAUUGUGGAAUUUUAAUAAAUUCUACAGCACUUUUGUUGAA